UUCUUGUUGCGAUUUUUAAUCUGAAGUCAGUUCGUAGUUUUCGUUUUAAAUUUUAGCGUUUAGAGUUUUUCUUUGAGCGAAUGCCAUAAUAAAUUGAUUUUUAAAUAAAGCACAGACAUGUCGGCUUUAGCCAAAGAAAUUAUGCGAAGUAAACUGCCGCCAAUGUACUCUGGCGGUACAGGAUUAAAUGCUCGAAAAAUCAACAGACGCCGUGAUUAUACACCUGUAGCAUGGGACAAAUAUUUUGAUACCUAUCGAGAUGUCACCAUUUCUGAUGGCAAUUCCUUCAGAGUGUAUUUAAAAGGCAGCUCUGGUCCAUUGUUGCUUUUACUUCAUGGUGGAGGAUAUAGUGGAUUGUCCUGGUCUUUAUUAAGUGCGACUAUUAGCCAACUUAUUGAGUGUCAAAUAGCUGCAAUGGAUUGUAGAGGCCAUGGUGAAACUCAUUGUCUGGAUGAGGAUGAUCUUUCUGCUGAUAGAUUAUCAAAUGAUGUCGGUGAAGUAUUUAAGACUCUUUAUGGUGAUGAAGAUCAACCAUCUGUUAUAUUAGUUGGGCAUAGCAUGGGAGGUGCUAUUGCUGUUCAUACUGUGUAUAAAGAUUUGAUUCCAACAGUGAUAGGUCUUGUUGUUAUUGAUGUAGUAGAAGGAACAGCUUUAGAUGCAUUGCAAAGCAUGCAGAGUUUCUUAAGAAGUCGUCCACCCUCUUUUAAUAAUUUAAGCACAGCUAUUGAGUGGUGUGUCAGAAGUGGUCAGGUGCGAAAUGUGGAAUCAGCUAAAGUUUCUAUGCCUGGUCAAUUGAAAAAUUCUGUUACUGGCGAAACUGCUACCAAAGAUAUUCAUCUUCAGCCUUCAAAUGAACAGGCAGCUGCUGAUAUUCUAGCCCCCAGACAAGUUCCGCCUUCUGACAGUAUAUUAGAAGAAGCAGAAGAGGACGAAGAACAUAAAGCACAAAAUGCUUCUGCAGAUGCAGAACCAAGCAGUGCAUUUAAAAUUCCUAAUUCUCCAGCUUCAUCUGCUAAGUAUAUAUGGAGGAUAGAAUUGUCAAAGACAGAAAAGUUUUGGACUGGAUGGUUUGAAGGAUUAUCAAACAUGUUUUUGUCAUCUUCCAUACCAAAGUUGCUUCUUUUAGCAGGUGUGGAUAGAUUAGAUAAAGAUUUGACCAUUGGCCAGAUGCAAGGCAAAUUUCAGAUGCAAGUUUUACCUCAAUGUGGGCAUGCAGUUCACGAAGAUGAUCCUGAAAAGGUUGCUGAGGCCAUUGCAACCUUUCUAGUAAGGCACAAAUUUACUUCUGCGAUCUGUGAUUUUCAAAGGCCUUACUGUGCAUGUUAGGUGGCUUGAUCCAAGGGCAUCUACUUGCUUAAUCACACUUAUCGAGAUCAAUCCUUUUUGUCUUCUUCAGGAAAUGGUUUAUGAGUUGAAUCUAAAGUUAUAUUAUUAAUAAUGAGCUUGAUGAUAUGUGAUUGAUUACUUAGUAAAUUACCAGUUUUAUCUUCUGAUCAGAUAAGUGGUUUUCAGAUGAAGACGGCAUACAAAUAGCAUACAUUGCCUGCAAGAGUUAUUUUCCCAGUUUAGUCUAAUUGACAUAAUUGUUAUUAAUAUUUUAGAGUUUUCUUUCAUAAGCUAACUAAUAAAAUGAAAUGACUACAAAGAUGAACUUUCUUAAAUAUUGAUGAUUUCUUCGAAAAGUUAUAAGGAAAUUGCAAGGUUCAAACAAAUUGUCAUGUGUAUUAUGAUAUUGUUGAUGAAUUGAAGUAUUUCUUUCUAAAUGCAAAAAAAGAAUAUAUUAAAUUUUGUAUCUGUUUCAUAUGGAUGAAAUGUACUUAAAAAUGUGCCAUAUAUUAGAUAUUUUAACAUUACAUAGAAUAACUUAAUUUACAAAAAGAAAGUGAGAAACAUCGGAGUAUUAAUCAUUUCUUUUGAAAUCUUACACAAGAAUUUAAUAUUAAUUUUAUUAUUUAUUUUCAAAGAUAUAUUGCAAUUUUAUGGCUUUGCUAAAUCAAUGCAAUUUUAUUGCCAAAAAAAUUAAAAUCAGUAAUGUUUAUAGCAAUGUAUAAUCUUAAUUGAUUAGCAGCUUUAAAAAAAGUUAUAUUUUUACCUGUCUUGUUUGUUUAAUUUGCUGCUCGUAUUCAGAAAGUGUUGUGUUUUUCUUAGGAUAUUUAAAUUAUUUUUUAAUUUUAUAGUUUUAUUUCAUAACUUGUGAUUUAAUCUUUAUUUAGAAUUCAUUAUAAUAUUGACUGGAAUCUAGCUUAUUUUACAUUCCUUGUUAAAAUUGUGAUUUACUUUCUAAUAUAUUUUUAUGCCAUAAAUUUCAUAAAUUCAUUCAUUUUAAUAUAUUAAAAUAUAUUACUUUGUUUUAUUAAGCAUUUUCUUUCCUUAAUUUUGGAUUAAAUAAGAUUAGAAAUUGAGCUAAUUGCAAUUUUUAAGAUUUUCAAAUAAUAAAACCAGGAACAAAACAAACAGAUGCUUUAAUACAUCAUCCCCUUACAAAAUCUUUUGUAAUUGUGUAUAUAAUAUUUCAUUUCUUAACAUCUUUUUAUGUUCAUGAACUUCAAUAAGGCUCCGCACAUCAUCAUUUCAUUUUGAAUCAAAAUUGUAAUUUUUCUUUAAAAUAUUUAGUUUCCAACUUGCUGUUCUUUAAUAUAUUUCAAGUUGAUGUACUAAUAAUAAGCAUAGUUUUAAUAAAAUAAAAGAAUUUUUUUUUUCACGCUUCCACUGAUUACUGCAAGAUUAUACAUUGAAAACCAGAAAUAUUUAAAAAUUCAUCAAUUUAUAUGGUAAACUUAGUUCAGAUGACUUUAUCACAAUUCAAUUUUUCUUAUUUUAUCCUUGGAAAAUUUUAUAGAAUUGUAAAUAACUCAUUUAUAAUAUAUGUAUAGUUGUAGAAAUACAGUGUUAUUUUAAAUUAAAGGAGGCUUGAAAAAUAAAUGCAUGAAAAGUAAAAAAAUAAUUCCUCUUAAAAUAAACUUAACCUAUGCACAUUUUAAGUUCUGUAUAAGACUAUUUUGUCUGAUUGGUGAAAAUGAAUCAAUGUGAUGUUUAAAACAGUAAUAAUCUUGUUAUGCAAGAUAUCAUUUAUGUUGAAAGUAGUGAUUAUUUAUGCAAAUAAAAAUUGUAUUCAUAACUUGAAAGUUAAAAACAUUAUAUAUAAUUUAUUACUCAAGUUAAUUUUUAUAAUAAUGUUAUAAACAAUUAUAAUUGCUUUAUAUUCUUAUGAUUUAUGACUUCAAAAAUUCAAAUAGAAAGAUAACAUGAGUUUGAAACUCCAGGCUUUCAAUUUUAAAAUGCUUAGUUUAUUGCUUUCUGUUGCAAAUUUCCAUAUUCAAGCUAGAAUGAUUGUUAUAAAAUACUGUAUGACAUUGUAACUUAAGUGCUAAUACUGCAUAUAUAUCACAUUUUUAUGUGUAUCAUUUUAUGUUUAUUUUGUGAAUAAAUAUGCUACCAGAAAUUCUUUGCAAUAUUUAUUUCUUUAGAGAACUUUCUGGUACAAAGAUGAGUAGUUAUAAACAUUUCACAUAAGUAGUAUUGUGACUGUGACCAAGUAUUUUAAAGGAAAAGAGUGGAAUUUUGUGUAUUGAACAUGUAACAAGUGAAUAACUAAAAAUUUUUGGUUUUUAUCUGUAUGUAUGUAUAAAACAAAUUUAUGUAAAUAAAAGUUACAAAUUUU